AUGAAGGGAUACCUCAAUAACCCAGAGGCAAAUGCGAAGGCCUUCAAGGGCGGGUGGUUCAUGACCGGUGACGUUGGUGUCGUGCACCCGGAUGGGUACAUCAAGAUAAAGGACAGGUCAAAGGACGUGAUCAUAAACGGCGGUGAGAACAUAUGCAGCAAGGACCUCGAGCAUGUGCUGCUCCACCAUCCGGGUGUGGCGGACACGAUGGUGGUCGGGAUGCCUCACCGGCAUUGGGGCGAGAUGCCGUGCGCAUUCCUCGUGGCGAAAUACAAGGCCGCCGAGGUAUGCAAGGAUGAAGUGGUCGCCUUCUGCCGUGAGCGCAGCAACAAGAGUGAAAAGCUCAUGUGUUGUGCUUGGAAAUUAGCUGGUUUAUGGGCAUAUAUAGGUACUGAUACAUAA